GACUUUCAGAAGCCAACAAGUAGGAACUGUUGAUCUGACUUGGAGAACCCAGAGUUAAGACCUCCCGAGGGUUUCUGAGAGCUCAGCUGUGACCGCAGCGCUGGUCCACGGGCACAGUGUUGGCAGCACUAUCAUGAUAUCACAGCCUGGGCCCAGCGGGAGUGUGACGGUGCUCACAGCAAAUGGCAUGAACUUUCCCCAAACAGAAAAUACAAGACCCACCCAUCAUAAGCAGGAUGACUUGAAGAAACUUCUAAAGGGAGAGGUCAAAGUCAUUGGGACGGUCCAGAUCAUGUGUGGUUUGAUGGUGUUGAGCUUGGGGAUCAUUUUGGCAUCUGCUCCCUUCUCUCCACAUUUUACCUCGGUGUUUUCCAUCCUGUUAAGAUCUGGCUAUCCAUUCAUAGGAAGCUUGUGUUUUGUCAUCUGUGGAUCUCUAUCAAUUGUCAUAGAGAAGAAGUCAACAAAGCCUUUGGUUAGUAGCAACCUGGUGAUGAGCAUUCUGAGCACUUUAUGUGGCCUGGUGGGUUUCAUCCUCAUCUCUGUCAACCUCCAUGCUUUGGGUCCCGCCUCACAGCAGUGUGAGUUGGACCAACAGUCCCAGCCAACCGUGCAUUACGGGUUUUAUUACCACUAUGGUGGAGAUGCAUCCAGGGACUGCUACAUGGCCAAAGCCAGUCUGACUGGAGUCCUGUCUGUCAUGCUGAUUGGCACUAUGCUGGAGUCGUGCCUGGCUGUGCUCAUGGUGGUGCUGUGGUGGAAGCAGGCCCACUCCGACUAUUCUGGGAGUGUGCUAUUCCUGCCUCAGAGUGACAAGAAUAAGUCCAAUAUGUCCUCAAAUGUGAUUUGUAACCCUGGAUAUGAGAAACUAUCAACUUCUUAAAGAAUAAAGAAGGGAAAAUAUUCAGCAGAAAUUGGUCUUCAUGAUAAUAAUAAUUAAAAAUCCCAUUACAACUACAAAAGUUUGGCUCCCUAAAAUGGAGACUUUUUAUGCAAUCAAUAUUACAAAACUUGUUGACUAUAUGUGUCCAAUGAUGCUCUCUUGAUUUGCCAGACACUGGUUUCAGCGAAAGCAUGGGUCAGGAAAUUACCUCUUAGUAGAUUGGCCAAAAAAUCCCAGACAUUUCCCAGAAUUCUAUGUAGACUGUUUUGGUGGACCAUGGUGAAGCAGAGGAGAUGACUUUUUCUUGCACAACAAUUAACUGGUUUGUUGUAGAUUUGGUCUCUCUUAGAGGUGGUAUUAAGUUUUCAUCUCAUGUAUCUUACUAGUUAGUACAUGACAGCAAGUCAUGCCAUCUCAGGGACUCUAAAAGUAGUUGGCUUCGAAAUAAAGUCUUUGUGUGAUUGCA